AUGAUGGAUGUAAGUGGUACUGAUCCACGAACAAGAACUGGAUUAUUUUUAUGGCCAUGGGCAAGUUAUCCUGCUGUUGCAGCAAAUGCUGCUGUCGGUGCACAUGCACAACCAAUUAUGAUGGGUGCAAAUGCUGGAGCAAUGAAUGCUAUGCCUGGUUCUAAUAUGUUGAAUGUAUCAUAUACAGGUUCUGGAUCUGCUACUAUACCUGGAAUGAUUGAAGAUCCAUUUGAAAGUUUUUGUCAACGAUUCUCUUAUACUGGUGCACAUGCAGCGCAUAUGUCACAUAUACUUCCACAUCAACAUGUUGGAUUAAGUGAAACACGUCAUUUAUCACAAGAUCAUGAAACAAGUGAUAAUAAUGAUGGUAAUCGUCAUCCAAAUCAUUCACCAUCUAUAAAUCAUACACGUGCACAUAUUACUUCACAUCGUCUACUUUCUGUUCAACCUCGUGGUAAUAUUAAUCAUUUACAUCAAGACACUAACACCACAAAUGGAUUAAAUGACCAAUUAAACGAUCCCAGUAAUAAUACUAAUAGUAAUCCAACAGCCGGUUCGAACAGUCAUGCUGCAGCGAUCGCUGCUUUUGCAUCGGCUGCAGCUAAUUCUGCUAUAAUGGGUGCAAAUGAUCCAACUUUAGGCAAUUCUAAUGGUUUAUCUUUAUCACAUGGUAUACAAGUACCACGUCAUGUACAGUCUAGUUUACGAAAUUCCAAUACAAAUGAAAUGGUUUUAGAUAACUUAUGCAAUGGUUUUGCAAAACCUAGUCAUUUUUCAACUCAACUACAAUCAAGUGUAACAAAUGCUUUAAAUAGGCAGCAAUCAGCGAUCACCUCGGUGAAUUGUAAUAAAUUACAAACGGAUACAAUAACUCCAUAUAAUUUACACUGUCACCAUUUGAAAAAUUUAGGUAAUCCAGCAGCUGUUGCUCUAGCCGCUGCCGCUGUAGUUGGUGGAAGUGGUGGUGGUGGCGGUGGUGUUGUCGGCGGCUGUGUUGGUACAAUUGAUCAUUCACAAUUUCAAACAACAUUGAACAACGAAAUUCGCGAUAAUUCAACACCUACAAGUAAUAAGCAUUUGGAUGAACAAAGUUCAACUAGUAAUAGUAAUAAUAAUAAUAGUAGUAAUAACACAAGAAGGUCGAAUUCAAAUAAUGAUAGUUAUUCGAUUUCUCAUGGACAACAACAACAAUUUAUGUUUUCACCAAAAAGUCCUCUUUCUGAUUCAUUGGAAAAUCCAAAUAAAAGUGAAUCAAAUACAGGUAUUGAUCAUACAACACAUAAAUCAAGUCGUGGUAAUACAAAUUUAUUGAAUAAAAACAAUAGUCGAUUAUUGUCUGGACCACAACAAGAUCGGAUUAAUAAUUUAAUUUUUAGAAAUUCUACUUUAAGAGCUACAGAAUGUUCACCGGAAUCCACAAAUACGAUAGCACCAGAUCGACAUUCAUCAGAUAUGGUCAUGGAUGAUGUAUUAACAAGUCAAAGAGAAGAUAAUAAUACAACUAACAAUAAUGUCACAAGUAGUAAUAACAAUAGUAAUAAUGGUAAUGUACGAGUAGAAUCAAGAUUUCUAGGGAUAAAUCAAGAGGAAAAUCUAUCAAUUAAUGGUAUAUGUAAUGGUGAAGGUUCUUUAUCAUCCAUACUGUCUGUUCCAAAUGGUCAUACUCCAUAUCAUCCUCCAGCUAAAGGUUACAAAUGUAAAAUUUGUCAACAUGUAUGUUUUUCACGUCAUGAUUUAUCUGCUCAUAAUGCCGCCACUCAUAAACAAGAUCCUCGACCGUAUAGAUGUGAACAAUGUGGUAGACAAUUUUCAACAUGUGCCUACCUAUCACAACAUAGACGUAUUCAUACCGGUGUGAAACCGUACGCAUGUCGUUAUUGUGAUCGUCGUUUCACUCAAUUAAGUCAUGUACAACAACAUGAAAGAAUACAUACAGGUGAAAAACCAUAUCGUUGUACAACAUGUAUGAAAAGUUUUACACAAAUGUCUAAUUUACAAUCACAUCAACGUCAACAUAUGAAAGGUAAACCAUAUCGAUGCGAACAAUGCUUCAUGUCAUUCGAUACAAAAGAAGAAUUAGAUGUACACGUACAAGCAAAGCAUUCGGGUAACCGAUAUGCGAAGGUAUUAGUCUGUCCAAUAUGCACGAAAAAUUAUAAUUCUGAAACAUAUUUAGCAAAACAUGUGGAUCGUCAUAAAGAGGCUGCUGCUACGGCUGGUAUGGACGGAAAUGGUUCAAACACUAAUAAUGGUAACAAUAGUAAUAACACUAAUCGUAAUAAUAACAACAAUAGUAAUAAUGUACGGAACCAAACAUGUGUGGAUAAUCUAUUUGCUGCUGGUUUCCAUAAUCAUUCAGUUGCAAUGGCUGCCGCUGCUGCGUCAGCACUUAGUCGAGGAAAUAUGAUUGAGUCAGGUUCAGGUUCGCAUAUAACCGGUAGCCGUCAUUCACAUGGGAGUGGAGGAGCAGGCGGUGGCGGCAGUAUUCAUUCACACAAUCCACACCCUUCUGCUGCUGCUGCCGCCGCUUCAGCGGCUGCGGCGGCUGCUGUCGCUGCAGCUCAUGCACAUCAAGACUUACAUCUACGUGCUGUAGCGGCCGCGGCUGUAGCGAGUGGUAAUGGAGUAGUUGGAGUUGGUGUUGGCAAUCGUAGUGGUGUUAAUGGUGUUAGCCUUGGUAAUGGUGAUAUUGAGAAUCCAUGCGCUUUUUUUAGUCCAAAUGUAAUAUGUUCCAGUGAGACACGAGUGACUAGUUCUAAUGAGUGUGAUUUAUUACAUAAUAAAUUAAAUUAUAGCUCAAUGUCCAGUGCUGGAUUAUUUCAUCAUUUACCGGUAGGAGGUGUCCAUGAUUCAAAUGUUGAACAUUUAACCGCUGCAGCUGUAAUUGAACAACAACAGCAACAACAACAGUGUCUUGUAUCUCAUCGUCAUCAACAAGGAACACAUUUUACUACAGAUGAUAAUCAACAUAUAAAUUCGUUUAAUCAUUCAAAUAUCAUGAAUAAUAUAUCAUCAAAUCAUCAUUCACAAUCUCAACAACAAUAUAAUCAUCAUCAUAAUCAUCCUCAACAACAGCCACAACACCAACAGCAUAUUCACACGAAUCAACGUAAUCUUCAUUCAUCGUCGUCCUCCUCAUCAUCAUCUUCGUCAUCAUCAUCUAAACGACAGUCUAAUAUGAAAUCAUCUUUAUCACCGCAAUCAAAUCAUCGUUAUACUGAGUCACCAGUAACAAAUGAUUCACAAACUCAACAACAUUUACUCAAUUUAACACAACAUCAUUUGACAACUACAAAACAUCUUUGUUCUUUAUCAAUUGAGCCGUCGACGGUUGUGGCAUCAUCAAUGGAUUGUUAUAUUUCAACUCGGACUACUUCAACAACACCACCGAAAAAAAUGACAGCAGUGACCAAUGGUACUAAUAAUACUACUACUACUACUACUUCUACCACUAGUACUACUACUACUGCUAAUACUACUCAACAACAUUCACAUAUUCAUGCAACAAUAAAUAAUAAUAAUAAUAGUAUCAGUAACAAUGGUAAUAGUAGUGAUGAUACCAUUCAUAUCAAACAUUCACAUAAUGAAUCAAUGUCGUCACAGCUUCUACCGCCUCCGGCUCACCAACAUUGUUUACAACCGACUCAAACUAAUCAUUUGACUGGAUCUCAUACAUUUGUAGAAGGGGUUGAUAAUAAUGGUAGUAACGAUAGUAAUAAUAAUGAAAAAUUGUCGGAAACCUCGAAUUCUACGACUAAUAGUCACUCACAACAUUAUCAUCAUCCUCAACAACUACGUAUUGGAUUAUCACAAGCUCAUUCCAAUCAAACAUUAUUACAUAAUCAUGUAAAUAAUAACUAUUCAUCAGCACCAACAUCACCAGGUGUAUUCAAUUCAACAGGUGGUGGCUUGUCAACAUCAUCGGAUAAUAUAUCAACAUUUGAAGAAUUUAGUCAAAGUUUAGUGAAACUUGAUCAUAGAGAUUCUAUCAGUAAGUGGUUUAAUAAUGAUAGAAUUAAAGAUAUUAAUAAUAAUGUAGUAACUAGUAGUAAGAAGAACAAUAGCAACGAAGUCAGUUAUUGUGAUGACAAUCAUGAUGAUAAUGAUGAUGAAAUGGAGCACAUGAAUGAAGAUAACCAUGAAUCACUCAUUAAUGUAAUCAACAAUGAUAAUGUUGACACUUCAACAAAUAGUAAUAACAAUAAUAGUAUUAAGAAUGAUAUUAGUACAUCUAAUCUUAUGUAUGACUUUUUAUUUCAUGGAAAUUCAAAUAUUGAUGAUAAUGAACAAAGUGAAAUAAUCAAUAAAUCAAAUCACCAUAUAGAAAUUAUUGAUACCCAUGGGGUUGAACGCGAAGAACAGCCCGACACUGUGACCGAUUGUGUUUUGAAUUACGAAAAUCAUUUGAGUAAAGCUGAAAAAAUCAUAUUUAACGCUGAAGAAUCUCCACUCAAUGGAAAUCAAGUCUGUCAACCUAUAUCAUCAUCAGUGUCAGGAACAAAAUCAAUAACAACGGGAUCACGAUCAUCACCGAUUUCAUCGCAAAUUUUAACACAACGACUAAUAACAUCCGUGGAGACCAAAUCAUGUAAUGGUAACCUUCAUAAUGGGAUACCGCUAUCAAGGUCAUCAUCGUCAUCAUCAUCAUCAUUAUCAUCACCAGGAAUCGAGCCUAUUAGAACCGAUGAUGUGACUUCAAAUACAUUGAAACAUGGACAGUAUACUUGUCAGUUAACCGGUGACAAUAGUGAACGUAAUGCACUUGAUAAUGAGUCUAUGUUAAAUCUUCAACAUGAAUCAUCUAACUUACAUGACGUCAAUGAAACCGAUGAUCAACAUAUUAUGUCUAAUAAGUUAAAAUCAAUCGAUAUGGAACAAUUAUUCCCCAGUAAUAAUGAUAAUAAUAACGAGGACAUAACUAAUUUGGAUAACAUUAACAUUAGUGACAAAAUUAUCUGUGAGAAUUUACAACUGAAUAAUAACACUGAUACAACUCUAAUGAAUCAUCGUUCAUUGAAACGUAGUUUAUCCUCAAACGACAAUUACCAACAUAAUCGUUUGAAAAAUCGUCAUCAUCAAACAGAAAAUCAUGAUAUGGAGAAUGGUGAUGAAUUCUUGACUAUAUCAUCAUCAUCAUUACAUCAUAAACAUCAUAAUAUUAUCAAUAGUAGUAAUGAGAAGAAUUCAAUGAACAUGUUAUCAUUAACAUCACCAGCGAAUAUAUGUGAUGUAGAUAAUGUUGAUCAUGAUGGUGAUGACGAUGACGAUGAUGAUGGUGAUGGCGAAGAUGCAGAUAAUGACAUUGAUGAUAAGAAUACUGUUUUUGAUGAUAAUGACAAUGUUGAUAUUAAUCAAAAAACUGUUGUAAAUAAAACCAAUGAAAAUAAUAACAAUGAUACUGUCGGUUGUAAUGUUGAUGAUCAUCUACAAGCAAUGUAUCAUUUAAAAUCAGAGUUCAAUGAUCAAACUCCAUUUUAUUUAGGUGAAAAAAGUCAACCAGAAGAAACUGUAGAUCAGAAUUCUUCUUUAUCGUCAACAGUUAUAGAGAAACAACAUUUAGAAACAAUGAAUUCUAGUAAACGAAGACGUCGACAUCAGUACACACCACAACAUUUGCCUGUGUUUGAAUUGAACACAAAAGAUACAAUAGAAAAAUGUAAAAAUAAUAAUACUAACAGUACUACUACUACUUCUACCAAUACUACUAGUAAUAAUAACAAUAGUAAAAAUGCACAUGCUACAGUAAUUGCAGGCUGUUUUACAAAUCGUCGUAAUAAAAAUGGUCAUAGUAUUUUAGAAAAUGGUGAUAGCAAAUGUUUAAAGAAAGAAAAAUUAAAUGAUAAACCCAAUACAAUAGAUAACAAUAAUUUUAACAAAGAUGGUGGUAAUCUUAGUAGUAAUGAUACUAAUAAUAAGUCAACGAAUAGGGAAUGUUAUUUUCCUGCUUUUUAA